CGUCUCUAACUCUGUUCGCAGGAUUUAAUCGUUGACGAUUUCGCCUAAUCUUGUAUUGUUUGGUUCUUCGAAGAUCAUCCCGGACUUGCUGUCAUAGCAACAGCCGUGUCACAGUGAUGCUUAAAUUCUGAGUGGAGGAGGCGUUUAUCGAACUGAAACUAAGUGUCUGCCUGCUCAUUCGCCCAGACACAAGUUCUUCCGUCGUCAUCAAACAUGGAGCUGUAUCUGGCCAUUGUUUCCCUGACUGUUUUUCUUACAGCUCUUGCUCAGUUAGAGCAUAACGAUUUCUCCAUUACUGGAUGUUCUGAAACGGAGAAAGAGUCUAUGACUGGGUCUGAUGGAGAAGAGGCAUGGCAUGCUGACUUUAAUCAAAAGAUGGGAGUAGUCACAUUACCCGAUUUCGCAGAUCCUAUAUCCUUUGGUGGAUUUUAUGAAGAAAGUAUCGCAGAUCAAGAAAUAUGCAAACAAAACCUGGCUGUACUCAUUAAAGCUUGCAAGAGCCCACCAGAGGAAAUGGAUCCUCCCGAGACGUUCAUCUAUCUGAGGAGCAGUUUUCAGCUGGGUGCUGAAAACACGCUCAUCUGUCACGUCACUGGCUUCUUUCCUCCACCUGUCAACGUCUCAUGGGCUAAGAACAAUGUGAUUGUGACAGAAAACGCGAGUCUGAGUCAGUACCGGCCGAGGAGCGACGGAUCCUUCCACGUGUUCUCCUCUCUGAAAAUCACUCCUGAAGCUGGAGAUGUUUACAGCUGUACAGUGAAGCACCGAGCCCUCCAGGGCCAACCGCAGACCAAAAUAUGGAGCGUCCCACUGGCAGCUGCUGUCCUGCCCAGCUUGGGUCCGGCGGUCUUCUGUGGAGUGGGAUUGACUCUAGGGCUGCUGGGGGUCACUACUGGACUCUUCUUCCUCAUUAAAGCAAUAACGACUGACACGCCAGACAUGGCCAAAAACAUAAAACAUUUAAUGCAGUGGACCCAAGGACUUAAAAGAAUGCCAAUAAAAAUGUGACUUUCGCUAUUAUAAAACCUUGUUAAUAAACUUUGGCUGUGUAUUGCUUUGCACAACA